UGGACUAUGCUGUGGAACAAGCUCACCAAGGGGUCUUCUUCAAUCAAGGUCAAUGCUGCACUGCAGGCUCACGGAUUUAUGUGGAAGAAUCAAUCUAUGAAGAGUUUGUUAGAAGAAGCGUAGAACGUGCAAAGAGGAGAGUUGUGGGGAGUCCUUUUGACCCAACUACAGAACAAGGUCCACAGAUUGAUAAAAAACAAUACAACAAGAUUUUGGAACUGAUUCAAAGCGGCAUUACUGAAGGAGCAAAACUUGAAUGUGGGGGUAAAGGGCUAGGAAGAAAGGGCUUCUUCAUUGAACCUACGGUGUUUUCCAAUGUAACAGAUGACAUGCGGAUUGCCAAGGAGGAGAUUUUUGGUCCUGUUCAAGAAAUACUGAGAUUUAAAACCAUGGAUGAAGUUAUAGAGAGAGCCAACAAUUCUGAUUUUGGGCUGGUAGCUGCUGUCUUUACAAAUGACAUAAACAAGGCCCUGACAGUCUCUUCAGCAAUGCAGGCUGGGACAGUCUGGAUAAAUUGCUACAAUGCCUUAAAUGCCCAAAGUCCUUUUGGAGGAUUCAAAAUGUCUGGCAAUGGGAGAGAGAUGGGUGAAUGUGGAUUGAGAGAAUAUUCUGAAGUUAAAACUGUGACAAUAAAGAUCCCUCAGAAGAACUCCUAAAAUGAUGAAGGACCACGUGCAGAAGAGCACAUGAUGCCACCCUCUCUAUUCCUUAUGGAGACCAGCACUCAGGAAUAAAAAGUGUUACACAAUAUAUAUUUAAGAAAUUAAGUUGCAACAUAUAUACUGGGCACAUAACUGCAUAUGUAAUGCAAACCAACUCUGCAUGUUUUCGUAAAACUCUCCUGAGAAUCAUUACAUCUUUAUAAAACAAAUCAUAACAAGAGAUAAAAUUGCUAUUGGGCAUCAUUUGAUAACAGUUCUAGCUAUAAAACUGAUAAAUGCAAAUGCAUGCACACACACAUUUAUCUCUUCUUUAAAUAAACAAAGUAAGUCUUACUGCUUUCAGGUUGCCUUCUCAAACGGACCUGCCUUGUACUGACAUUCUAGUUUCAAUCAGGGCUUUACAAGCCAGAUUUUACCCAAAAUGCUAGCAACGAACAACAUAAACAAGUAUCAUCGGUGUUCUUAAAAAGUAAAAGACUCUGAACGGUAAUGAGCCAAAAACUGGUAUAUUGGCAACUUUCCAAUUAGCAUGCUCACAUAACGAGGGGAAGGGAAUCAAACCAUUAUAUGGACAAUGAGAUCCAAAUACUUAUCAGUGACAUUCGGCUUCAUGACCCACAGCAAUUUGGUUUUCAAAACUUACUUUCAUAAUUACUUUAUGUCUUGCUAUAAGCAAAAAUCCUCCCUCACUUAAAGGAACUUGAAAGGUUUUACCUGGCUGCCAAAAGAGCAUGGUCAGACAGGGAGGGAGGGUAUUAAGGAGAACAGGAACAGAUCCCAAGGCUUCACAGAAUAUUUUAGCUUUCACUGCUUGUCUAGUUUUGUUGUUGUUACUGUAGUUGUUUUCACAUUUUUUCUUUUUUUAAACAAGUAUAUGCACACACAGACUCCAUUUAUUUGUCUGCUAUUAAACUGCCUGUGAUUACACUGGGAAUUAUUAAGUAUUUGUUACAGCAGGAAGAACCCAGCAAAAGCCCACUUGACAGGAAGUAAGCUUGACUUUAUUUUCUUACUAAAUGAUGGCUUGCCAUCCUCACCAUGCUUGUGAGCCUCCGGUGAGCUUACUGGCUGGUACUGACUUUUCAAUUAUGUCUGUUCUUUUUUUGGCCCAGGACAAAAAUAUGAGCAAGUUCUUUUAGAAGUGAAGUGUUUAAAACCUGUCACAUUAUUACCUGCUGCCUACAGAAUCUCUUCCAACUUGUAGCUAACAAACUAAACACCAUCUCUUUCUUCUUUGCAGCUGCAGAGCUCCUCGAUUCCCCAGACUUUUUUGAACGAGGUUUCAUUUUAUGUUUUAACUUAGAAUUAAGAAAAUUUAUUUUAAAAGUACAGUAAAUCACCUACACUGUGUAGCUACAUUAUCUGGGGUGUAAGGACAGAAUUAUGGCAUCAGGUGUAACAGUCUUCCUAGCUGCAGAGUCUAUACUACGAACUGUUGAAAACUCCAGACCUGAUCAGCAAAUCACUUCUGCACGUUCUUAACUUCCUUUAUUCUCUGAGGAAUUCCUCUUAGAUUUGAAGUUGUGUGUGUCCUUAAACAUACUGCUGGAUCAAGACAAGAGUAUCCAGCACUUUGUAGUGUGGUGGCCCUCAAUAUUUUGUAUUUCUAACUCAUGUCAAACUGUGUAUGUCUUUUUAAAGCAAUAUGUAUACAUGAUGUUAUUCAGAAAUGACAGUACAUUCACAGACAUGGGAGAUGAAUCAAAAUAUUCCUGAGUUAUGACAUGCAAAUGCCAUAUACUUCUACUGUAGUGUAUGUCAGAGUAAAGAAAAAC